UUUAAUUCAAAGUAUUUUGCCACUUUCAGCAAUUGUUAAAAACUAUCCAAGACAUUGUUAUCUUCCUACAAUGGAUAUCGAUGAUAUUACGAAGUUUGCAAAUAGUAAAAGAAUAGUCACGGAUGCAGACAAGUUACGGGAGAAAGUCACUAAAGAAAAAGAAAAAAUUAUAAAGUUAAAGGUAGCUCAAGACACCGCCUACUGGGACUUGAAGGAAAAGUUGCAGCAAGUGCAAGACAACCAUGAGCGGCUGCAGCAGAAUAUGGCCGAGGUGCAGAUGCAGCACGAGGCCGCCAAUUCCAAGUACCAAGAAGAGUUGAGACAACGCCCUGAGAUACUUAACAAAUUAUCUACCACGCGUAAGAUCUGCGAUGUCCUGCAAGAGUCGAGCGAGCGGCUGCGGGAGACGCUGUCGCGUUGCAAGGCAGACGGCGCUAUGCUGUACACCGCAUUCAACAGGUCCGCCGACCAGCUGCGGGAAAUGCGCAAUAAGCAGAUGCAGGAGGACGAGAAGGUCAAACACCAGAUUGAGGGCCUGCAAGAGAAAGUGUCGCUGUCGAGCAACCACUUCAGCAAGCUGGUUGAAUAUCUGGCGAGCGCGAAGCAGCAGGUGGACAGCGAGCUGGCGGAGGCGCGCACGCAGCUUACGGCCGCGCACACCCGCAACAACGACCUGCUCACAUCGCUUAGCGAUAGUAACAGGGAACUAGACAAGCACAAACAUGAGAUAGAUAGGAAAGCUGAUAUGAUAACACAUCUCCAAUGCGAAAUGAAGAGACAGACAGAUGAAUACAACAUCCAGAACUGCAACGCAAACAAAUCCCUCGCACAGAAAGAUAAAGAGAUCCAAGAAGCAAUAGAUGCUGUUCAAUCUCUCAAACAAGUGGUUAUGAACCAAGAGCAGUUCAUAAAGAACGUGAGUGACGAGAGAAACGGACUGCAGGAGAAGGUGGUGGACUUGGAAGAGGAGCAGCACCGACUGAAGGCCGGUAUGGAGACCCUCAAGAUACAAAUGCAGGAUUUAAGCUUAGCCAAAGCAAGUGUAGAGGAGAGUCUACAUAAGGCUGUAAAUGAAAAUAACGAUUUGAAGAAAGAAAACUUUGAUUAUGUUCAAGAAUUGACUAACAUUAAAAAGGAAGUGCAGGAUCUUCAAAUGCAAAUAAAUUUAUUGGAAAAGGACAAAGCACAAAUUGAUGAUGAAUUGCAACAAAGUAGGAAUGAGUCUUAUGAAAAAUUUGCACAAAUACAACAAUUGGUGAAUGAUAAGAAACAACUCGAGGAUCAUAUUGAAGAAAUAAAAAAUGACGCUAAAUCUUACGAGGAAAUCGCAGAAUGUAAACAAAAAGAUUUGGAGAUUCAACUACAAAAUAAGGACAAAGAAAUAGAUACGAAAGUUAAUGCUAUAAACUGUCUCAUGUCCGAGGUGAAGAUGGCGGCAGAUGUAAAAUUUAAACUGGAAGAUACUUUGGCCAAGUUUAAGAAGGAGAUGGAAUUAGAAAGAGACGCUAUGAAAGAUAAGGAAGAGAAAUCGAAGAAAGAAAUUAAAAAGCUUCAAGAGAGCGUUCGAGUCAAAGAGGCUGAACUUAGUCAGAACAUGACAAUGAUCCUGGAGUUAAGGAACGAAAAGGAUCGUCUGCAUCAGAGCAUCCAGGAUAUGCAGCAGACCUUAGACAACGUGGAGAAGGAGCUGACAGGCCGGCGGUGGCCGGCACCCAAAGAACACUAUGUCCCCGAGCUCGAUGAUAAUGCCGUUAUGAUGACCCCCUCACGCUCGAAAGUAACAAGACAGGAAACGGUCGGAAAGAAGCUGGAGCUGAUGCCGCCCUCCGCGCCCACUGCCCCCCCAGCGCCAGAAGCGGCCCUGAGUCCUAAUAGUUUGCUUAAUAUGUUCACCGACUCUAGCUCUGAUGAUGAAAGAUUAAACGAGACGGCGGUUAAGCGUUGCUUUGCUGCGCUGUCUCGCGGCGAGACUCUGACGCGGACACAACUGGCCACUUUGAAAAAACGACCCAAUCGCAUAGAUCCAAGGAGCCAAACUCAAAAGAAACAAAUUCCACAAGAAAUUCUGUCUAAUGCGAAGGAGGAUAUUAAGACAAGACCUCGAAAGUUCUUCAAGCAUAAGAGGUUGGAAACAAAGAAAUAGAUUGUUUUUGUUUCAAGACUUGUUCUUAUGUUUUCUAAAUUUUCCUCUAAACUACGAUUUAAUAAUUCAGUAAUAGUUUAACAAUAAGUUAUC